AUGCAAUCGGGUCAGGAGCAAACUGUAAUAAGUAAAGACGUCGGGGACACAAAAUUAAGGUGUGACGAAGAUUUGUCGGACAACGUGGUUAACGGCAUUUCUACAAUUUCCGCACAUAGCGAUGAAGACACACUCGAAGAAGCUCCGAAGCAAAUCCAAGAUGACGGAGACAACAUCAUUACAAUCACAACAACGAGUAUAAAUAAUUACGCCAAAAAUCCACAGCUACACACGGAGCUGACGACAGCUCCCAUUCAAAAUAAAAGUGCCAAUCGGAAUAGUGGUGUUCUCCACUUUUUUAAUCAGAGGGUAUCUCCAAACACUGUAAACGGACUAAGCACCACACAGUUGUACAGAUCGCCUAGAAAUUGGAAAUUUUCCAACGUGGUGUCGUUCCAAAAUAACAUUACAACUCUACGCCACCGAAAAGGGCGACGACUGCACGGGCUUCAAACUCCGCUACAUCCUCUACAAUUAUUCGGAUGGUUAGUUUUAGGGCUGUUCGGUUUAGCGGCUUAUGGAAUAUUAGUACCUUCGUUUAAUACGACAAUUCAGGGACCUUUAUAUGGUCUCAUCACUGGACUGUACAUUGUUCACAUUGCAUCGCAUCUAGCGGCAUUACUCAUUGACCCCGCCGACCGGGAACUGCUUCGCUUGCAUCGAAACGACCGAAUUGUACCAGAGUUUGAUAGAUCCAAACACGCCCAUGUUAUUGAGAACGGCCGAUGUCAUCUGUGCAACAUUCGAACCUCCUCAAAUCGUACCAAGCACUGUUCAGUUUGUAACAAGUGCAUUGGUAAAUUUGACCACCACUGUAAGUGGUUGAAUCACUGCAUUGGCUCCCGAAAUUAUGUAGCCUUCCUGAUGUGUGUUGUUAGUGCGGUGUGUGCUGCUCUUGUGAUAGUGGUGGCGGUAGUGGCUCAAAUUGCCUUCUACUACUGGCGUCCCGAAUGGCUGAGUUUAUGGUAUGAAGGUGCAGAUAUAACCAGCAAAAUUGAUGCUGAAUCAUUAAACCAGAAAUUUUCCGGCUUUGGCGAAAACAACACAAAAGAUGGUAUUAAUUAUAUGUUUGAGAACAGUCUAAUUGGCGAUGAUCUCGUACUUAAUCAGUCAAUUGCUAUCUCCAUACUUCAGAACGUGACCUCUGCUGGUGCUGACAUUGCUUUGGACACCUUGAACCCGGAGAACACAACUUUGCUGUAUACUACUAAUGGAACACAGGGAACAGAUACACUACCGAACAGUAGCAACAACACUUUUGCACACAACUCAUCUUCGUCGAUGUCUUUCGCUGGCAUAGCGGUAAAUCAGCAAAUUUUUCUGAUUUUGCUCGGCUGUUUGGGUUUGUUGGCAGCUAUUACAGCAGGUCUGUUGCUUCAUCUUUGUUUUUUCCAUAUUUACAUAUCUUUCUUGGGGCUGACAACUUACGAGUACAUUCGUAAUCAUAAGCUAGCCCAAGAAGCCAAAAACAAACAAGCGACCGGUGCCGGGGGUAGGGAAUCCCAAGAGAAUAACACUAUAAAACUUCCUUCCGCAAUAAAUAGGCGAAGGAAAUGCGGAAAAUUUUAUAUGUGUUCUGCUCUGCUUCAUCCGAACAACGUAUCAGCGUACGUUAACAACAAACAGAAUAUUACACGUUCACUAGACGAAAGUACAUACUUUAGUAUACACUGCUGUGCCAAUUCCAGGGAAUAUCAUCAGACUGCAUUAGAUACCUACUACAUGUGCUCCCUGUUAGAGGAGAACCAUAUAAAACCUCCAGUUAACGUUGCCCACAUUUCCGGGCUAGACGAUGACUUGCAUGCCCUGCCAUCUACAGAUCGAGACGGCGUGGAGCAGACCUUUCACUGCUGCUCUUCUUUUAAGGCGUCCUCUUCCCAGCGGAGAGUAAGUGCUGCGACAUCUAAAGCUACACUGAUAACUAACUUGGAUAAUAUUACUGCUGUAAAUGACAGAAGGAGAUAUAUUCAAUACACCGAACAAUGUACCUUCUGUACAUUCCACUUAAGAAGUCCGAUCAUCUGCAAAAAAGGCGCCAAGGUGACAUCUAGCAAAAACCUAUGCUUGAAUUUUCUGCGAAGUGAUCAAUCAACUCGGCAAUCAUCGGCAAAAUGCCAGACAUCUUCGUCCGGUUCGCAGAAAAGAUGCUGCAUGCAAACUAUAUCGAAGCACCAGCGAUGGCGGAGAAAAUGGAACUGCUGCUCAGCUGUACCUGACAGCCCAGACAUCCCAAACGAUAUAACGGCUGAGUUAACUACGAGAUACAACCAUGAGAUUGACACAAAUCUAGAGGAAAAGAAGACUCCAACGUACAUUUCUAGCCAAAAGCCGAGAGAUUUUGAACAUAAAUCUCAAAAUCAAAUGCACAGAACGUGGCCGGUGGCCCGGUUUCGUCGCGUUAUGCGAGCAAUAAACCGUUACCGACGUCCACAAUGCAGGCAAUCGAAUACAAACGAUAAUCUUGAGCCACAUUUGAAACAGAACAAAGUGAGACCAAUUCCUUUGCGUAUGGAGGCUAACAGUACAAGUCUCUCCGAUUCAGACUGUAGCUCUCCACAUCCAGCGUCAACCGCUUCGUUGUCGUCAACCAAUUCCAGCAACCACAACGACUACAAAUAUAUUCCAGCAUCAGAAUCGGUUGGGGCCACGUAUAAGACUUCGUUAUUGCCUACGUCGGUUAUUCGAGAUGAUACCUCGAUGACUUAUAGUAUGAAUCCAGCGGGUGUAAUUCUUCCUCCAGCAUUGCCCCCGCCAACCAGACGAAAAAUACCCAUUAAUGCCGAUCUAGAUGAGUUAGUAGAUACCCUAACAUUUGCUUCUUAUGGUACAUCUAAUAAUGCAAUCUCAUCGUCCUACGCACCCGUCCAGCGAUUGCCCACUACGAACGGAAUGUUCCGACGGCCGAGACGAAAACAUUUCCUUCUUACGAGGUCACCCACACUUUCACCUAUACACGAAUCUGGUUUGUCGAAUCCUACAUCGCCCCAACCCUGCCGUCAUGUUUUAGCAACCUGCUCAGUUGCGUCCACAGCGGUGGCUAAUAACAUCUGCGGCCCUCUAAUCGCUACAUCGCCGAUUAACUUAACCAGCAGUAACACACCAUCAACAACACCUAGCAGCGCCGAAAACACUACACCGACUCAAAACGAAUAG